AUGGCUUCCCUCUUCUUCUCCGCCCCGGUCGAUAUCGACGUCGUCCUUGAGGACCCCGAUGAGCGCCAGACUGUCGAUGUCAAGCUCGACAAGGGCCACCGCGAGCGCGUCCCCGUGUACAUGGACGGCGAGUCGGUCAAGGGCGCCGUGACGAUUCGACCCAAGGAUGGCAAGCGAUUGGAGCACACAGGCAUCAAGGUGCAAUUUAUCGGCACGAUUGAGAUGUUCUACGACCGAGGCAAUCACUACGAGUUCCUAUCGCUGGUUCAAGAGCUGGCCGCUCCGGGCGACCUGUUGCACCCGCAGACCUUCCCCUUCAACUUCAAGAACGUCGAGAAGCAAUACGAGUCAUACAAUGGAAUCAAUGUGAAGCUGCGCUACUUUGUGCGCGCCACCGUCUCGCGACGCAUGCCCGACGUCGUCCGCGAGAAGGACCUGUGGGUGUACUCGUAUCGUAUGCCGCCAGAGACCAACAGCCCGAUCAAGAUGGACGUCGGAAUCGAGGACUGCCUGCAUAUCGAGUUCGAAUACUCCAAAUCCAAGUACCACCUCAAGGAUGUGAUUGUCGGUCGGAUCUACUUCUUGCUCGUGCGGCUCAAGAUCAAGCACAUGGAGCUGUCGAUCAUUCGGCGGGAGACGACUGGGUCACCUCCAAACCAAUAUAAUGAGAGCGAAACGUUGGUACGCUUUGAGAUCAUGGAUGGAUCACCUUCGAGAGGUGAAACCAUCCCCAUUCGUCUCUUCCUGGGCGGUUUCGACUUGACUCCCACAUUCCGCGAUGUGAACAAGAAAUACUCGACAAGAUACUACCUCAGCCUGGUGCUGAUUGACGAAGAUGCGCGCCGUUACUUUAAGCAAUCCGAGAUUGCGCUCUUCCGACAAGCGCCCGAGAUUGCCGCGACGCCGCAGAUCGCCCAGCAGCAGCAAAUCCAGCAACAGGUCCUCCUCCAGCAGCAGCAGGCGAUUCUGCCCCCUGGAUCCGCGACGGCUGGUCCGGGCCGUGGCACGCCUGCGGCCGCCUCGAUGCCGACCGCAUGA